AUGGAGCAGACAGUCACCGCCAUCGCCGAGCGUGUCCUCGAGCGCCUGCGCAGGGUCCCGGCCGAUCAGCGAGUGCUUGUCGGCAUCGCUGGCGUCCCCGGCUCCGGUAAAUCGACGCUCGCCUACCCGCUCGUCGACCGCCUCAAUGCCCUCCUCGGCGUCGCUGUCAAGGAGCCGGCUGAAGUCGACUUGGAGGAUGUGAUUGCUCAGCCUGGGAAGGAGAAGCCGGAGGAACAGGUCGCUGUCGCGGUCGGUUUGGACGGAUGGCACCUGACGCGAGAAGCGCUCGACCGCCUCCCUGACCCCGCCGAAGCUCGACGCCGUCGCGGCGCAGCCUUCACCUUCGAUGCCUCAUCCUACGUCUCCUUCGUCCGUUCGCUGCGCCAAACGCCCUUCCCCUCAUCAAUCCCCUUCCCAACCUUCAACCACGCACUCAAAGACCCUCUCCCCUCUCCCUCCCCGAUCCUACCCACCCAUAGGGUCGUCGUGAUCGAGGGAUUGUACUGUAUGCUCGAUGUUGAGCCUUGGAGGGAUGCGGCGGAGUUGCUGGAUGAGAGGAUUUGGGUCGAGAUUGAGAGGAGUGUGGCGAGGGAGAGGUUGGUCAAGAGGCAUUUGCACACGGGGGUUGAGACGGUGCGCGAGGAGGCGGAGAAACGGGUCGAUUUGUCGGACAUGCUGAACGGCGACUAUAUCCGCGAGCACUUGUAUUCACCGACGCAGGUCGUCGAGACAGUUCACGAUCCGGCGUUCGCGACAGCGGCGGUUCGAGCGUGA